CCUUCAUAUUGAUGUAGUUAUCCAAUCUUGAUCCAGGAUAUUAGUUGUUGUAGUUUGUUAACCUAUCCGCUAGAAGUCCCUUUAUGUGCAAGGUAAACGAGCCAGUAUGGCGGAGGGGGAAAGUGAUUUGGAAACAGACAGGCUAGAAUUGGAACUGGAGACUUUAUACAUAUACUCUAACGACAACUGUUCAGUACAAAGCAAAGAAUACUGCUCCGAGUUUUGUAAGCUGGUAGAGGUGCACACAGGGAGAUGGCAGGUGCCGCUGCCCCAGCUGAAGGUGCUGCGGACGGCUCUGACCUGCUUCACCAGAGCCACUGUUGCCUACCCCGAUGACUGUCAGCACGUCAAUUAUGCUCUCAGCAGCUUGGCUUUGAGCUUCUUUGAGCUGAUGUUGUUCUUCGGGAAAGAGGAGUUCCUAGAGGCCCCCCUGAGGGACAUAUUAGCCUCUUUUCAGGCCUGUCAUCGCCGCCUGCUGAGACACAGGAACGUGUACCUGCUGCAGGUGAGGCAGAUCAUCAAAGAUGGUGGUCCCUGGGAGAGACCCGCUCUGCAAUCCAUCCUGAAAGACACAGCCCUCACACAGACAGAAGUGGAAAAGUAUUUGAGCUCAGAGAAGCCAAUGUUCUUUGAGCUGCGUGUGCGGUACCUGCAGGCCUGUGAGCGCGUGCAGGAGGCCAUGGCCCUGGCUAAGUGCUGCCUGGAGCACCCAGAGGUGUGGAGGCACCUGUUCUUCCACCAGGCCUACCUCACAUGCCUGUGCAAGGCUUCACUACAUCAACACCUGCACGAGGAGAUGGCUGAGAUAGAUGGCAGAGACGCAGUAGAGAUAAUCUGUAAUGCAGAGAGCCAGGAGAAAGAUGAGCUGCUGCUGUCUCUGUGCAAAGCCUUCCUCAGCCAACGGCUACACAACGGAGACAUGUACUACAUCUGGGAUCUGGUGUUCUUGUGGAGCAGACUGUACCUCAGGGCCCAUCCCUCUAAGCAGGGAUUCCUGUCUGAGUGUCGCCAGCUGAUGCUCUCCGCCAUCAACGCCAGCGCCAUCUUCCCCUUCAUCAAAGUCAUCACAGCAGAGAUGGGUAGUGAGGGAGUGCCAUUGUGUGUGGAGCUUUGUGCUACAGCGUUACAGACAGACCUCCAGUCUGACCCUGUAACACGCUGUCUACUGUGUAAGACCAUGGCCUUCCUGCUCCCCAGGGACCUGGAGGUAUGUCGCCUCUGUGCCUUGCUGGUGUUCUGUCUGGAACGUAGCAUGGAGGCCUACAAGACCAUGUAUCUGCUCUACACAUACCCCGAUGAGGAGCCACACCCCCAGCACACCCAUGUCAGAACCAACAUCCGCUUCUAUAUCCUACAGGUGCUGAAGGAAGGUCUGUUCUUUGACCCAGAGUUCUGGAAUCUGCUGACCCUGAGAACCCACUGUCUGGAGCUGAUGACUGACAAGGCCACGAGGGAUGCUCUAAAUGAGCUGAAGGAGGAAGAGGAGUUGGAAGAGGUGGAGGAGGAGUGGAUACCAAGCUACUGGAUGGAGGAGGAGACAUGCAGAAUACACACAGAUGCCUCCCACCUCCACCCACACACUAACACAGCACUAGAGAGCUCUGACACUGUAGGUCAGGAACCCGAAGAGGUAUUGAAUGGGGAUGCUCCUGAGUCACAGACAGAGGACUUCCCUGUGAGGAGGAGGAGGAGGAAGAGGAGGUGGAGGAGAAGAAAGUGUAGGUCAGAUAUUGAGUAUGCUGACGACCCAGACAUUAAGUACUCCCUCAUUCACAAUCUCAGUUCUGAAAGCUCCACCAAGCUACCGGCCAAUCGGCAGAGAGAAUACCUGGCAAGACAUGUGAAGAACAAGAUCCUGAAGAGACGCAGCAGGAAACCAAGAUGGCUGCUCCUGGAGAUGACCAGACAGACGGAGAACAUAUCCCCAGGGGGAAUGAGGGAGAAGCGACGGGAGGGAAUGAGAGGAGAGGAUAAGAGACAGGGAGGGGAGGGGAAAGAGAGGGGGCAUGAAAAGGAAAAUAAGAGAGAGAUGAGGCAGGGAAUGGAGAGUAAGAGACCUUACCGUCGGACUAUAUUUGGCAUGGAGCUGUCCUUCCCUGAAAAUGAAGUGCCUGUUGACCGGGAAGUGGUAGAGAGUCAUCUAGAACCCAGUGUUCGUAUUAAACAACAGCACAGUGAGUCUGAGAAAUAUGUUAACAUGGGACUGCCUAAUGGUGUAUAUGGUGAGAGACCGUUUAAGUAUAAACCAGAGUCAGACGUGGAGACUUCGGCGGUGGAGACUUCGGCGGUGGAAACUUCGGCGGUGGGGACUUCGGCGGUGGGGACUUCGGCGGUGGGGACUUCGGCGGUGGGGACUUCGGCGGUGGAGACUUUGGCGGUGGAGACUUCGGCGGUGGAGACUUCGGGGGUGGAGACUUCUGCGGUGGAGACUUUAAAAGUGGAAACUUUUGAAGUGGAGCCUUCAGAGGUAGACCCUUCAGAUGCAAAGCCUUUAGACUCCAAACGUUCAGUAGUAGAGCCUUCUGACAUAGAGCCUUUAGAAGUAGAGCCUUCAGACGUGAAGGUUUUAGAAGGUCCCAGUGAGCAGACUGACCCAGAGUUGGAUGGUCCAGCCUUGGAGAUGGAGGAGUGUCCACUGAAACUGUUCCACAUCUACGCCAAACUUUCCAAAGGGACAGCUGCUAAGGAACUACUUUCUAGAGAAAGUGAAUUCACAGUGACAGAGGCGGGACCAGACUCAAACACUCAGGGUGAACAGACCAAGCCAGGCAAGGCUCCAGUACGCUCCAAACACCUGCGCUUCCACUGCAGCCACUGCCAGAAACUCUUCAAGGGAGGCAACGUGGUGAGACACACCCUGGCCCACCUGAAGCUGAGAAAGACCAGGCUCAGCUGUGUCUUUUGCGGCAAACACUUCCAAAGGUACAACCGCGCCAGGGAACACGUUCUAGAGCACAUAGAGGAACUGAGAACUUCCACAGCCAACAUUAAGGUCAAACCCACUGUCAAUGGGGAGACAUAUCCCUCAAAGAAUAUUAAUCAAGCUUCAGAGAACGAAGCGAAACCUGUUGAGAACGUGACUGAGCCCUCGACUUCGACGGACCAGCCUCCUAAACCCAAACGUGUUAAAGCCAAGCCGGUGGUGAGCAAGCAGAGUAGAAUCAUCCAGAACCUGAGAAACCUGAUCAGAAAGACCCAGAACCAGAAGUGUAAAAUGGACAUGGACAACCUGAAGUCUGUGGAAGUGACUGAUGAACAGGUGACUGUGAAAGACAAAGUGGUGAUUGUGAGAGAGGUGGUGCCUGGGAAGGAGACAGAGGGAGGAGAGGACAAGGAGAGCGAGGGAGGAGAGGAGGAGGGGAAGCAGAAGCAGUACCACCUGUGUCCUUCAGAGGGCUGUGACAGCAUCUUUAUGAAGAUUGGCCCAUCGCUGCUGAGACACGCUGUCACCUACCACAUGGAGGACGCAGCCGUCCUGGACAAGACCUUCCAGUGGGGGAAGGGGAAGUGCCAGAUCUGCCAGAGGCUCUUGUUGGUGAUUGAGCACUACAGAGACCACAUGAAGCUCCACGAUGCUCCUCUAAAACAUGCGUGUCUCCACACGAACUGUGACCAACGCUUCAAGACUGCCCAGGAGCUCAAAGACCACAUAGACACCCACCGCCCUCUCCAGGCCCCCUGUGGGUACUCCGGCUGUAGGGAGAUCUUCUUUACCCUCCCCUCUCUCCACGACCACGAGUGGAGGCACUAUACCCAGCCCCAGUCUAAAGACGAGCUGGAGCAGGGCGCUACCACAGAGCUGAGCCCUGAGGGCGAGGCCCCCUGGAAACAGAGGGCGAAGAGCCAGGAUGUGACAGUGCACGGGUGGAGGGGGCAGAGGGAAACGCCUACUCCCAAAAGCAGGCGCUCUGAUCCGCAUGAGAAGUGCCUUCACUGUAACAGGUACCUGUGGAACCACCAGCACUUCCUAGAACACAUGAAGAUCCAUGAUGCUCCUCUGAAACAGGUGUGUCUCCACCUGAACUGUGGCCAGCGCUUCUACAGAACCCACUUACUCUGGGAGCACAUGGAUACGCACCUGCCUCUCCAAGCCCCCUGUGGGUACUCCGGCUGUGGGCUGAUCUUCUCCCGUCUCCCCUCUCUCCACGACCAUGAGUGGAGGCAUUACAUCCAGGGCCAGCCUAAUGACGAGCUGACAGAGGAGCAGAGCGCAUCCAAAGAGGAGGGGCAGACUCCGGAGUCAGACACCAACGGUAACGACUAUGACGGCCCAAUGGAGACUCCAGGCACUGUUCAAGGUGCUGUCACCACACCUCCCAAUCAUUGCACACUGAAACUCAUCAACGGCCAUGAUGAAAAGGAUAAGAAAGACAAAGCCCCCGAGACAGCCGUCCCUGCCACCACUACCACCUCUCCCACACCCCCAUCCCAAACCACCACAUCCACACACCCCCAUCCCAGAAUCCUCCAAAACAUCACUGAGCCUAUGACCAUGAGGGACGUGGACAAUAUCGUCAGUUUGGCUCAGGUGGUGCCUGGCGGAGAGGAACCGGUUAUCGCGGAACACAAGACCUUCAAACAAGAGGAUCCUUCCUACCUAACACUGGCCAAAGCUCCCCUCAUCCGCCCGCCCCCCUCCACAUACCUGACCGAGGCAGCCCUCAGCAUGCGCAAGCGCAGGAAGCCCAGUGAGGUCACUUCCUGCGGGCCUGGCAAAAAGAGUAAGGCUGCGGUAAAGAGGAGUGUGGUGGGGAAGAAGGAGGUGGUGGCUGAGAAGGAGGCCCCUCAAAGACAGCGCUGCUCCAAGUGUUUCUCCUCCUUCACUAGCACCGAGGAACUGGAGAAACAUCUCUCCCAAAAUACCUGCUCCUCCCUCUUCAGCUUCGACUCCGAUGACGACAGUGAGUAGCGUUAGUGGUGAAGGGGAGUGAAAUGCUCUUCAUGUUCAAGCACGACAGAGACCAUAUGAAGCGCCACAAUGCUCCUAUCAGACAGGUGUCUCCACUUCUGUGCUAUAUCUGUACUCUCUGAACUGGGCCUAAUACAGGCACUACUAGCACAGUCGGCUCAGAGCUGUAGGGCCAGACUCUUGUGGCCUGAAGUUUGCCGGGCACUAAAAGUACAACACACACAACCCUCUGGAAUCAGUGUUACUGCUACACUUCCCUGUACAUACAUGUGGACCGAACAGUACUGCCUUUGUCAUUACACUUCUUUGUUCAAUUCUUAUUUUCUUUAAAAUCAAUAUGAAGAAUCACACAGUAGGUAUGGUGCUUCAAAAGUCAUUCUAAUUGGAUUGUUAGGCAUAAGUUUUAGUUGGCACAUAAAAUACUGAACUAAAAUAUAGAUUUUAACUGAUUUUGUUCUGACAAAUUAAACUGUUUCACAAUGUAUUAGAAAUGGAUCAUCUAUGCAUUUAAUUUAAAUAUUUUGUAAAAGUGAUUCCAAAAUUCAUUUGAGAAUAAAAAUCACUGUUGAAGAGCCCAUAAUGGGAUGAAUAUGGUGAUGUGCACUUACCUGCAUUAGUUGUUUAUAUGUACCAAUGUUAUAAGUUUGUACUCAAUGAAAAUAUCCUCAAUUCAACUCUAUUUUUCUUAAAGAAAAGUCACUUGUUUUCAAUAAACAAUUUACAGUAUGAACUAAA